AAUCAGACGUCCAAAAUCCACGCGCUCGCGAUGUUAGUAAAAUUUUAAUCAAAUGACUCAAAAAUGUAAUCGAAUGAAGUUGCGGGUAGUUCCACAUUACCAUAUAAUUUAUUACUUAAAUAGAUUAAGACCAGUGAGAUUGUGCAAAUGAAUUUCAGUGUAUUAAACUCAUUAGAAGGUGCAACUGUGCGCAUUAUUAUGCUAUAAACUUACCCAAUGGAUUUCGUAACUUGGUGAAUAAUAAGUGAAUAUUUGAAUAAAAGUUAUGUGAGGGAUAUAACGUGUGUUAAGGAAAUAGUUUCGCGGAAAUAUUUUGAAAAACAAAUUUGACAUUGGGUUUAUUUUUAAUAUGAAUGUCGCAGAAACAUGUUCUGGCUUGACGCCAAAACUAUAAUAGUCGAGUGUAAACAAACAAAUUAGUGUUGUGUAAUAUAAUUGGCAGAAACAGAGCGUCAUUGUUGCUACGAAACCUUUUCCGGUAAAUCUGAAAAUGGCAAAAAGCGAAGAAUUGAGUGAUACUGAUCGACCUAUUAUAGACGAGAACGUAAUACGGAUUCAACUAAGAAAACCUAGCCACAGAAAAUGGGAAUUACGGACAAGAAAUCUAUCCCUCGGGAUCAAGUUUCCAACAAUACAGCUAUUUGAUAGCGAAGGAAAUUUACUUGUAGAAACGAAUGAUGAAAAUAUAUCCAUAAGCUCUGAUUAUGGCGAAUCUAGUCUAAAAUGUAGUAAAUCUUUACGAGAACGUGAUUUUAAACAUGUUAUUAAACAACCUAUUAGGAAAUGCAAUACGGAUUCAGGAAACAAUAAAUAUACGCGAAUUUAUAAGGAUAAUUUAUCAAUAAACAAUAUUGAUAACAAAACAAACAAUGAUGAUUAUAGCUCAGAUAAUUUAGAUUGUAGUAAUACUGAAAACAUUCCCAACCAAAUAAAUGUAAGUUGUAGUUUAAAUAGCUUAAUAUCAAAUCAAGACACAGCGUUCCUUCAGUCGGAAGGAAUAAUUAGUGACGCUAGUAGUUACAAAAGUUCAGAUAAUGAGAAUUACAAUUUCAAAAAUUACUAUUCAUCUUCUUUGCCAUCCCAAUGUGUUAAAAAGGCUUCAGAUAUUAUUAAAUUUCUCGAGAAGCAAUCGUCUACGAAUAAGUCAACUAACACAGUAACUAAUCAAUGUUUAGGCUUAAGUUUACAAGGUUCACAAUCGUUUAGUAAUGUUCCAGUAAAGAGUAAAUUAAAUGAACACGAAGUUUCAGUAAAUCGUUCCCAAUCAGGUGUUGUAUACAAGCCCCCGCAAAAUAAAAUAUAUUUUCUAAAUACAUACCUAAAGAGUAUAGCAACGCGUAGGGGCUCUAAUCCAGAUUGGCUUACAUUAAACCGGCGGCAAACUGAUGAUUCCCCGCAAAAUUUACAUGGUGCUGUGGAUCGUGUGGAAUCUCCUAAAUUAAAUUCUAAAGGGCCGAGUCCCGUCCGAAAAUCUGAUAAUGAUAUUGAAAACGAGAAUAAUUAUAUAACCGGAUCAGAGCGUGUCGUAAAUAACGAAAUGAAAAAGCGCCUAAGAAUAUAUCGGCGUGGUAUUUCCGAGAUAGAACCAAGACAUCAAGUUACUAAGUUACUGCCAAAGAAGCGACGACACUCGAUAAGCAGUGCAAUAAGGAUGUCGAGAACUUCUUCAUCAGAAAGUAUAGACGACGCAGAUAUCGUACUGAACCGAUUAAAGCGAAGAAUAGUAAAAAACAAAAUGAGAGAGAAACGUCGAAGAAUUGGCAAUAAGAACUCAGAUAAAGACGCUAGCGUCAAAAGCGAGGCUUCAGAAUAUCGGCACGAUGCGGGGCCCGGGGCCCUUGUGAGGUCAAACCUCGCAAUGGGCUCCAAUAUAAGCCAGCACUCCUGCAAAGGGCUCAAGGGGCGCCGAGCACGAUCCAGCGGAGACUUGUGUAAUGGAGAAACGAAGAGUCAGACGGAAUCAUCUGUGUGUGGUUCGGUGGUCGGUGAAUCUAUGGGAUGGAAUAGAUCCCUGCCUAACCACCUGGAUGGAAACCGACAUCUAGCUGACUACAGCAGGGUCAAUAACAGUUAUGGUGAAUUCGCAACCUAUAAUCGGUGUCAUCCAAAAGGAGGGCGAGGACUGCGAUACAGGAUCUCAAAAUCUGGUUCCGACGCUGAACCAGUAUGGAAGCUGCAAGAUCCAGGUUUCGACCAAGGCUAUGGCUCCGAGCGAUCUCCAGAAGAUGAUUACGUCCCGCCAAUACCACCUGCCAUAUCCCUUGAGGAAUACGAGGCUGAACUUCGUGCCAUAUACCCUUUCAUCGCUGAUGAAAACACAUUUACAGUAGUAGUGGAGAAAGACGGACGGGGGCUGGGUAUGUCUGUGUGCGGAGGGGGUGGUCUAGUGAGGAUCCGAAGGUUGUAUCCUCCGCAGCCAGCCUGGAAGACGGGCAAACUAGCGCAAAAGGACUUGCUACUCUCAGCUAACGGAGUUCCUUUAGCAGGACUUAGUACCUACGAAGCGCUAGAAGUCCUCAGAACAGCUGCUUCUACAGUAGAGCUAAGAGUGUGUCGGCCCCCUCCAGAUGUACUAGAGAGUAUAACACCUCCGGAUCCUCCGACUCCACCCGCGAGGACACCACACCCUCCCCACUUGCCUCUGGAUCCUCUCAACUGUCAUCCUCUGCAUGCAAGGUUAUCUCAAACAACAAGCAGCGCCACCACGUCAUCGUCGGAAGGUCGAGGAAAACGGGAUGUGAGCCCCGAAGACAGGAGACAUGACUUGCAUUUACCAGGUCUGGAGCAACCUUUGCCUGUGUAUGACAUCCAAUAUGGGGAUGACGGAUCUGUGGAGUUUGACAUAGUGAUGACAAAGGUAAACGGUUCCCUCGGCUUCACACUUCGCAAAGAGGAUCACAGCGCCCUCGGCCACUACGUGCGCGCCUUGGUACGAGAGCCAGCACUCAGCGACGGUAGAAUACAACCUGGAGAUAGAAUUGUUGCGGUAAACGACACGUCAAUGUCAAAUAUGUCGCAUGCAGACGCGGUUGCAUUUUUACGUGCAUGUGGCUCUGAAGUAAGACUCCGACUGUACCGCGACCACGCUGCCACGCCGCUAUCGCCCAUGUCGCCUAAGGAGGAAGGGCCAAAUGAUUCCGAGUGUUCCAUCAACAGGCCUAAACCACCCCUGAGAGCGGAAGCAGUAUCAAUGUUGUGUGACUUGGCAGCUCGUCGCUUGACACCAGAUGCACCCGAUGGCUCUCGUUCUCCGUGCCUCUCACCAAGGAAGUUUAGGAAGCUCACCAAGGACAAUAACCACUACGAACAACCUAAUGUAAUAACGCAGAACUAUGAAUUAAACAAUCUGGAUAACGAUACGUUGGACGCCCCAAAUGCGUAUAAUGAAGAUUCAAAGCAGAGAUACAACGAGCAUGCAUUCCCUGUAGACUCCGGAGAACCCGUUUCAAUGCCAGUGGAACUAUCAAGUGAUGAAAAUUUUAAACAUUCAAACCCAGCGUAUCAAAGUGCCGUUUUACAUAGCUCUACCAAUGAUACUGCUUCUGACAAAGAUGACGGUAACACACUGAAGAAAUGGAAAGCUUUAGCAUUAUCACCGGAUAAUGAGAGGAAAAGUAAAGCAUACGUCACCGAAGAGCACCCAAAGCCUCCAAAAGUGGAUUGUGUUCAGAAGGAAAAUAUAGAACCUCUCGAAGAUGAACCAGUUAGUGAUGAGCCUACGAUAGUGACUGUAGAAUUGAAUCGUGGCUGGAACAGCAGGCUUGGAUUCAGCGUCCAGAGUCAUCCAGAUUCUGAACAGAGCUACAUCUCGGCAGUUUACAACGACAGUGUAGCUGCCCGGGAUGGCAGGCUUCGCCGCGGUGACGUCAUUUUACAGGUGAACGACGAAAAUGUAACAUCAAUGAAGACCCCAGAGGUAAUAGAUUUGCUGCGCAUUCUCCGUGGUUCGAUUUGUAUAACUGUCCUGAGGCCACCAAACGCACAGUCUAACUAAUGAACAGUGUUUCCUUCGACAACAUUCUAGGACAAAUUAAAUAAAUUCCAACUAUGAUGUUACAUAAUAAACGGCUCAAUAUAUUUUUGUAAGGGAAGCGUUCUCUUUUAGGAUUGCCAAGUCGAAACCUCACAUCAGACAAGAACCGUUCAGUCAAUACCCAGGUAAUAGCUUGUUUCCGUCUUUGGCUCAAGAAUUUGUGUCUAAGACUAAGAUCUAUAGAGACUUAGACUCUGCUCAGAUUUUUAAGAGAGAGUAAGAGAGUUUAAGUCCACCAUAACGACGACGUAGAAAACACUUAGACUAUAAUCCGAACAAAAAGGAGAUCAACAAUUCCUUGCGUCAUCACAACAGCUGUUGUUCGACGGUUUAAAAUUACCGUAUAAUACUCGGUCUGGUGUCACCCAUAGCUGUCACGUAUCUAAAAAUGCGUUCCGUUUCUCAUACCAAAUACGUGAACAAGUCCGUAUAAAUUAUUCAUCAAUUUCCACUUAUUUUAACUAAUAAUUUAAUAAGUUUCGGAUAAGUACCAUAAGUACCUACUAUUAUAAUUUAGUAUACUUACUUAGUUAUUGUUUAUGUUUGUUUAAUAAUAAUCGGCAAUGUACGGCGCCUAUUUCUGCCGUGAAGCAGAAAUGUGUAAGAGUAAAAGAGGGCGCCAUAGCUAGUGAAAUUACUUGGCAAAUGAGACUUAACAUCUUAUGUCUCAAGGUGACGAGCGCAUUUGUCAUGCCGCUCUGAAUUAUUGGGAUUUUCAAGAAUGCUGAGCGGCACUGCAUUGUAAUAGGCAGGGCGUAUUAAUUACCAUCAACUGAACGUCCUGCUCGUCUCGUCCCUUAGGAACUGUCAUAAAUAAGUGUAUAUUGAAACGUGGUUGACCUUUCUACUGGGCUGUCUUAGCGUAAGUUCGCCGUAAUCUCAGUCAUAUGUCUAUAAAUACCUAUUCAAAGAUUGCGCUAAGAUUGAACUCAGCUAAGUAUUACGUAAGAAAAGUCUGAGCAAAGUCAAAGAUUUGGACAGUCAAAAAGAUUCAAACAUAUUUCGAUGACUUUGACUAAUACAUCUUGUUAGACUUGAGGUUUGACUUGCAACAGACCACAUACGCAACAAGCUCAGAACCGACAGAGCUUCGAAGUUUGACAAUGUAACAAUAUGUAAUGGAAUUAAUUACAUGUAAAUAAAUAUAUUUGAAAAACAUGUGAGCCACUUCAGGUACAGGAUUAGAUUAUUUACACAAAAUAUUGUAUACAUCGCUACCACUAUAUUUCAGUUGUCAUAUUAUUAAAGUUCCUAAAGGAAACUUAUUCUAAAACAUGUAUUGCUUAAAAUAAGAUCAUUGUAGUAAUUCGUUAGGGAAUUGAUCUCUUUGUGUAUAAGUAAUUCUUUAAUAAGCACGAGUGAAAACUAACAACGAAAAUACAAAGACGAAACAACAAUAAAAUAUAAUUUUACAUGGAGUUUGUCAAAUCAUACUUCAUUACAGGGUGAGGUGAGUUUUAGUAACAUAUUCUAUAAAAUCUGCGUGUUUAAUUCUAAAUUAUUGACAGAUCUAUUAAUUACGUGUGUAUUAGAAUUAACUUUCUUGAAUCUCUAGUGUUUUGUGAUAUAAUUUUCUGAGAAUAAACUAGGUUUAACCGAAAGUAUUUAUGAAGAUCCUAUUUAUUUUUUCAUAUUAUCUACAUUUAGGGGGUAGUCAAGUUAUGUCCGGUAAAAUCAUAAAAUUUUAAAGAAAUGAGUAAUAUUAACGUUUUCUUCACUAAGCGCAGGCUACUAAAACUACUUACAAAACUAAAAUACAUGUACUAUUUUAUUUUAUUAUACAUAGGGACUUACACAGUUAUAACUAUCUAGUUAUAGCUGUAGUUAUAUCAGGCGAUCUCGCCUGCUUAUAAUACCUAUCUUUGCAAUUUCAAUAGUCAUAUUUAGAUCGGCUUUGAAUAUAAUGGUUUUAAGAUAAUAAUUAAUAAUAGCUCUUAUUCAAUUAAUUGUUAACUUCUGAUAAAAUAUUUACUAUAUUAUUAUGUUCAGCAAUCAGCAAGUGCCCGAGAAAUUUGCGUUACAACGCCGUCUAUCGAGCUUAGGGGAAGCUCGGACUCGAAAAACUAUAUUAUUGAAAUAAUAUAUAUCAGUGAUUUUUGCUGAAAAAUUAUUUAGUAACAAGUAUUUCCAAUCAUUAAAUAAUCUUUAGACUACUGAAGAUUAUCAACAACCUUUAAAAUAACAUAACCUUACUACUGAAUUUGUUACAAUGUUUUAGUUUUUAAAUGUAGAUACACAUUUGUGUUCAACGAAGUUUGUAAUAAUUCCUUAAUAAACUUUUGGGUGUCGUUCUACAAACCUAUGAAUAAUUAUUAUAUUAUUUGUUAGUUUGUGAGUACAUUACCGACAUAGCUUGACUUAUUGACACGAAUUGUAUCAGCGCAUUACGUGCGUGACGGGAUUGUAUGUUCACAUUGAUUUUAUACAAACAGUAUUAAAAUAGCAAACUAUAUUACCUAGUAACUAAUUGUAGCACAGCGGACACCUUAGAUAGGUCAUAAUAGUCAUUAGUUACUAAAGAUUUGAUUAUAAUAAUUAAUAUGCUUUUGCCCUACACAGCAUAUAUUAAUAAGAUAUUUUGUAUUUAAUAAUAAGAUAGUGUAAUCUAUUGAUGCUAAAACUAUCGAUUCAAUUAAAGUAACUUUGAUCCGAAGAUUCUAAUACAUUGGCUACAUAUUUUAUGAAGAAAAAAUCGUCGCUUGGCAUUAAAAAAUCAAGGUGCACUUCUUUUCAAUUAAAUUUAAAUAAAUUUAUUGCAUUUUAAUUCAUGCAUACCUUGGAUUUUAGUCUGCAAAAACAAUAGCUGCUAAUAAAAAACUGUAUUAUUAAGAUUUAAUAUAAACUUAGGUAAAUAUGAAAUUAAGUUUGGAACGCACUAAUGAUUACUAUAAAUAUGUUAUACUUACGAAUAAAUCAAAAUUAAUCUAUGUAUUUAUGCUAUAUUUUCAUAUUUUGAAGAUUUCACCGUGGGUGAAACACUAGGCAGCUAAACUGUAAUAGGAGAUCGUUAUCCAGGAUACAUUUAUCUAUAAAGAUAUCAAUAAUGAAACCAGUCUCUGCUUGAAUAAUAAUCAAUUAAAUUCAUUUAAAUAUUUUUGUGAAUUUUAUCGAGUCUUUACUGAUUUUGAUUGAGCUAUGAUAAUCUAUUUAAUACUUUGUACAUUAAGCCAUAUAAAAUUACUUUAAAAUCAUUAUUUUACAAAACUUACAUAUUAUUUCUUUAUAACCUUAAAUCUUAAAGUUAUUUACCUACUAUAUUUAACAAGUCAUGAAAAUUCUGACCAUUGUUAAUACAACUUAAACUUAAUAAGUAGUAUAUAAUUAUAUAGAUAUACACUAAGUGUUAUAAAAAAAAGUGAAUCUAAAUUAUUCUUCUAGGUACUGAUGAAUUCUAGUCAUGUCAGAAUUAUGUCAUGCAUUAAUUAAGAAAUUCAAGCAAUUUAUUCGAAUAAUAGGAUCAAAAUUAAAUUCUGAUCGUCGAGAGUUUAUAAAAUUAAAACUCAUUACAAAUAUGAUUAAAUUUGUGAUCCUUCAUUUUUUACCGAUAGAUGUCUCGUAUAACAUAACUGCGUAAUUACAUACACUAUAUACUUAUAUGUACAUACUUAUGUAUGUAUGAUUAAAAUAAUAUGCAACUAUUUUUUAAUACAUUUAUUACUUUCGAAUUAUCAUUAUUAUAUCAAUAUUUAUUAUAUUAUUUUUUCCAAAAAAAAUAUAUUUAUAUAGGUAAUGAAAAAAUAUCUUUCAAACAUUUGAACACCAACGUAAGUAAGCAAAGCGAAAGUGACUUAAAAGUCAAUUUUGCAGUCUAACCUCUCCACUAAUUGUGUGUUUGUUGUUAUGGACUAUGACGUCAUAGUUAUUAGUACACUACAACCAAGCGUGCCAAAAUGGCUGGCACUUACAGUGUCUGCGUCGGCGUCGGUUGGCCAAUUCAUAAAAAUAUUUACUCCACUAUAUUAUAUUCAUAUUAUCAUAUAUCCAGUAUAUAUGCUUAGAAUAUUUUUGUGUUACGAUUAUAUAAAAUUGCUACAAAUUAGAACAAAAUAUUAUUCGUUUUUGUAAUUUUUAUGAACUUUCGACGAACAGACUGUAAGUAUAUUAAAUGUGUAUCGAUGUUAUUCACUGAGAGAUUUUAUGGACAAAUCUUUGAAUGGCAAAUUUUACAUUGAUAAAGUAAUAAAAAACAAUAAAUUAUUGUGUUUAAAAUGUAUUCUUCAAGACUGAAAGACCUGGGACUUACCGAACAGUUUUCUAAAAUACGAUCCCAAAAGUCAAUAAUGUGAAAAAUAUAACGCGAAUAUUGAAUGGGCGGCUGUAAAUUUAAAUAAUGCUAACUAUUAAUUUAAAAUAAAUAGGUAUUCGUUACAGAAAUCUGUCUUAUUCAUUAUUACUUGAGUUAGGUGAGCUUAUUAUGGUUGAUAAUUAAUAAAAUGGAUUUUUUUAAUUCUUAUGAAUAUGAAAAGUAUCUCGCUAGUGUAGGUUUAUGACAACUCAAACUGAUUGCAGAUCAUCCUAUUGUUUGUUAAAUAACGGCCUUCUAUAUUGUUGUUUAAAAAUUACAUAAAUACAUAUUAUGUUAUCAAUGUAAAAUAUGUUUAUCUGUUAGUAUUGUAGAAAUAUACCAGCUAUAUAUAAAUUUUAUUUAGUAUGAUUCGCAUACUAUAAAACGAAAACAAACUGAUAUUCUAAAGUUAUUGUGAUGGAUUUGUGUUAGAUAUACUGUUAUAUAAAAUAAUAUAUUGUGAAGUAAUUAAAUAUAGUAGUAGAUAGAACUUAGAUGUAGCAGCAGAUAUUUUAACAAUGGUUUACCAUUACAAGUUAAAUAUAAGUUAUUUGAAAUGCAAUGUUGUAAUAAGGGUUAAAUUUCAAAUUAUACUAUGUGUAGAAGAAAAUUCUAUUUCCUAUUAAAAUAUAUGAUAAAUUUACAAUAUAAUAAAGUUAUCUCUAAAUUAAAGUCAUGCAUCAACACAAACCAAAUUUUAUUAAUAUAAUUUUUUCUAUAUAAAUCUGUUAUUUUGUUUAAAAAAAUAAAAGACAUUUAUUAUUUUACAAUAAUAUACUUGUUUUUAAACACGUAAGUACCUAUAUAAAAGUUAGCAAAAAAUUAUUGAUUAUUAAGUAAAUAUUAUAAAAAAAAUACUUUUUUAAGGAUUAAAACGCGUUUAGGUACUUGUUACUCUAUUUUUACAUUAGGUAUUUUCGUAAAAGUUACAUUUUAAAAAUAGUACCCCUGAAAACGUGCUCCUGCAAAGGUCACGAAACGUCGAGUUAAAUAAAUAUAUUAUAAAAAAGUAAAUUUACGCAAAUUUACAUUUAUGUAAAAAAAUGCGGUAAGAAAAAACGCGUUCUAAUACUUUAAAAAGUAUUUUAUUUAAACGUGUAACACUCGCUUUAAUCAGAAAGAAUAAGUACUAAAUUAAUAAGUAUAGAAAUGCCAUUAGAUCUUUUAUUAUUCCUUAAUUUAGUUCUGAAUCAAUCCACAUCAGAUCUGACAAAUGAAUAACAAAGUUGUAGAAUAGAUGCAAUUAUAGUCCCACAACUGUGUGCGCGACCGUCCCACGGGGUGACAGACGAUAGCGGGGACGGGGACUAAGAUGUUAGCGGGUAGCGGGUGGUGUAGCGGGGAGGGGCAUCGUGUGAGACACCCGCUGACUUCUUAGUACCCCAUCCCCGCCACCGUGUGGCGUAGUUAGGACUAUAAUAGAAGUUUAAUAGUAUUAAAUUAAUACCGAUAUUAUACAUGGUACUUUCAGAAGAAUCUUAAGAUUUAUAAGAAAUCAGGAACAACAGAUGAAAGCAAUCUAAAUUUAUAGCCUUUUAGAUUCGUUGAUUGAACACACUCGGGCUAACUUUAAUAUAUUUUGUGAGAAAAUUGAACCAUAAUAUUAUUACUGUAAAUAAUUCAUAAUAAUAAAGUAUCAUAUUAAUGAGUA